CCGGAUCUGGCCGCGCGGUCCCCGGCGCUCGCUGGAGGCGCCGCGAUGACCGCUCUGAGACGGGGUGAGGCCGCCGAGGCGGGCAGGAAUAAACUGAUCUGCAGGCUUCCAGGAAGGAUGGCGUGUGAGAUUGUCCCUUCUAUCAGGGAGCACAGGACUCCUGCCUGAGCUGCUGCCUCUGGACUCUGACAGCUUCAGCCUCACCCUGAACAGCAGGGCUGGUCUUGGGUGGGGGUGGAGGACCUGCCCUGGGGAUGGUGAUGCUGGUCGGGCAAGGUGUCCCCAUAGAGCCACCCUUCCUGAUGCAGGCCUGUUUCUGCUUAGCAACCAGCAGAUGCAUGGAAAGACAGCUUCUCUGAAGAGCCCUGUGUCCUGCACAGAGAAACUAGCCAGGGUUCAGGCACCCCUGAACUCCAGCCUUGGUAGCCUCCAUCAGGUCAGGUGAGUCUGCUGAGCUCCAGGCUGCCGGGAGGAGGCUUCCAGAAGGGCAUUCCUGCUGGGAUCAUGGCCCAUAGCCAGGCCCCGGAGCUUCUGCACUGGCCAGAAGGCUUGAAGAGUGAAGAGAUCAAGAAGUGUGGCCGAGAAGGGCCCCAGCUCGUGUGUUUGCAGACACUACUGAGUAAAUACAACCAGCAAUACCACAAGCUGUUUAAGGACAUCCCUUUGGAGGAGGUUGUUCUCAAAGUGUGUUCCUGUGCCCUCCAGAGGGACCUUCUUCUCCAGGGCCGGCUCUACAUCUCCCCCAACUGGCUCUGUUUCCAUGCUAGCCUCUUUGGCAAGGAUAUCAAGGUGGUCAUUCCUGUGGUGUCUGUGCAAAUGAUCAAAAAACACAAGAUGGCCCGGCUCCUUCCCAAUGGCCUGGCCAUCACCACCAAUACCAGCCAAAAGUAUGUCUUUGUGUCACUGCUUUCCCGGGACAGUGUCUAUGACAUGCUGAGGAGGGUCUGCACACACCUACAGCCUUCCAGCAAGAAGAGCCUGAGUGUAAGAGAAUUUCCAGAGGAACCUGAGUGCGAGUCUCUGGAAGUCCUCAUCCCUGAGAUGAAGUGGAGAAAGGUGUGCCCUGCCUCCAGGUCCCUGUCCCUUCCAGACAACAUCCCUUGUAUCCCUCGGGCAUCCAUGGACUCCACCGACAGCUUCUUUCCCUCCAGGAAGCCUCCAGGCUCUGAGAAUGCUGUCUGUGAGAAGGAGAAACUGGAGGAGUUGCCCAGGAGCGACGGGGAGCUGAGGCUCUGGGAUUGCCAGCUCCUCAAGGUCAUCUUCGUGCUGAUCUGCUUCUUGGUCAUGUCCUCAUCGUAUCUGGCAUUCCGCAUCUCCCGGCUGGAACAGCAAUUAUGCUCCCUGAAUUGGGAUGGCCCAAUCCCUGGGCACAGGUAACAGCCACCUGGCCUUUGUCCCCACUUCUCCAUGAAGAAUGCUGUGUGUGCUAAGGUUCCACCAGUGAUCGCCGUGGUUUAUGCUGCUGCUGCACUGAGACUGAGUAUGAAGAAACACAGUCCAGAUCCUUCCUCCUCCCCCUAAUUCUUAUCUCUCCUGUUUACAAAGCUCCUACAAUUUGGGGACUCGGACAAAGAGCCAGAUUCUUGGAACAACUCAGAAAUUCUGUAUACUAAGCUUCAGCAAGCACUUCAGUGAAAAAAAAGAAAAUUAACUUGUUCCUUGGAAACAGCCUGGCACAGGUGCAGAACACUAGGAGCCACCGGAGGGACAAAGGCCAUGCUUUGGUUCCUGGAAUGUACCUCUCCAACUGUCACGCAGCUCACUGCCUCAGUGGGACAGAGGCUCUAACCCAAACCACCAGUGGGGCUCUGCUCUCUCCCAACAUACUGUGCUCUCACUUGCGCCCCUGAGAGUCUCUGUUCCGGGAGCCAGGCCCCUGUCAGGCCAAGGGCAGACUGGGGGAGAGGAAGGGGAGGGGGAAGCUAUCAACAAGGAGAGGAGGGCGUGUGGCUAGGAUUCCAGCUAGAGAGGAACGUUCAUGCCCUGUGCUGAGGCUCUAUCCUGGCCACUCACAAAGAGGCUGGCUGAAUCUGGAGGACAGUACUUGCAGCAGAGGAUGGUGGCAGGGGCUGUGAAGGAGAGCAGAGGUCCAGCAUUCUGUGUCCUGAGCUGCCACUUCCUGGUGAGACAGGUGGAGCGGGGCCUUUGAUCACUGUGGUCACAGACCUGGUACUGUCUUCCCCUCGUGUGCUCAAACAGUUCUAAGGUCCCCCAGGCGGGAAGUAGGGGCUAGGGCUGGGGUGGGUGGGAAGGUUGGUGGCUUUGAUUUGAGUUUUGCUUUGUACUCCCUGGCCGACUGUCUGAGAGGCCAUGACCCAUAGCAACCUGUCGGGAGGUGAGGCUGGGCAGCUGGGCAGUUGGGCACAAUGGUAUAGGGCCACUGCAGGGCAAAGCUCACUCAUGUCACCAGAAAUAAGUAUGUUGUGGGCCAUGGGGGGAGGCUUCUCCAUUCUAUGAAUAAGGUAGAGGUGUCCAAGGUGGGCCUGGUACAGUGCAGGGACCAGGCCAAGGGGUUCUGUCUGAUAUCUCUGGGGACAAGAGAAGUAGGGGAUGAGAAGAGUGGACACAGUGGUAGCUUUCUUUUAGAGAUUCCUCCACUUCUGCCAGGGCCACCUGUUUUCUAAACAGCUCGUCUAUGCCUCAGAACUCUGCCUGCUCUUCCUGGGACUCCCAUCUGCUAAGACAGUGCCUUUGGAGGUUCUACAGGGGCCUCAGUGAAGAGGUCAGAGGUAUCAAGGGAAAGUCACUGGUGAUGGGGUGAGUGGUGUCAGAAAUAGCCACUGUUUUUCCUCCUUCGGACACCUGAAAGGUUAAUCAGGGAGAAAUCCAAGCAGAAAUUAUUUAUUGCAGAGCCAUGAUUGUCCUAUUAGGACAAACCCAAACAAGAAUUGGAGGGACUGACUGCAGGUGACAAGUCCCAAAGCUCAGACUAGCAGUCUCUUCAUCCUCACCCCAUUGCGGGUUCUAGGAUUAUGCUUAGAGCCUGGGGGCGUUGCUUGCACCUCAUCUGUAUGUAUCAGGUGAAACUCAUUCCAUUCUCCCCACAGCACCACAGUGGGGAAAACCCCAUCCUUUUUUUGGAACCAGCCCCCUUCAUCACUCCUUUCCAUCACGUCUUCAGGGAAAUACUUGCCCCAGUGUCUCCCGGCCCUGGUCCUUGCCGAAGGGCAGGGAGAGUAGGUCCAUUCUCUUGAGCCUUGCCAGGUUGAGCCAGAGGCUCAUGAGGGGCCAGCAGAGGUGCCAAGUCAUGGGUAACGGUGCCAAAGUGCUGGUGAAUCUAGUCUCCACCUGUGCCGCAGGCUCAGACAGGGCAAGAGGCAUGCUGUAGGGUGGGGUGGCUCUGGAGGCCCUCUUGGGUCCAGGGAUUUCAGUGGUAUGAGUGUGCCUGUCGCUCUGGAGGGCCCUCUGUUUCUCCCUUUGAUUCCCCAGCCUGGUCCUCUGGGGCCAAUGUCCCUUUUGGUUGUGCUCAUUUGUAAACUGUGUAUUUGUACAGACCUGCUUGCACUGGCUGAUACUCCUUUAAUUCCCUGAGAGAUGGGUUCAACUAUCCUUGGGUUGUUCCACCAUAGCAUUAGCCUUUGAAAAUAUUUUAAAAUACAAAAAUUUGAUUUUUCUAGUG